AUGCUGGGCAAAGAGAGCAAUUCACUGGAUGGUGGCUAUGGAUGGGUUGUGGUUGUGUCAGCAUUUGUGGUAAUGGGCCUCACUGCUGCUGUCCUCAAGACUUUUGGUCUGUUCUUUGUUGAAAUUCAGCAGCACUUUGAUGGACUUGCAAGCAUGACUUCCUGGAUCACAUCAAUAACGAUCGCCAUCUUUCAUUUAGGAGCCCCCGUAGCCAGCUCACUAUGUGUGAAAUACACUCACCGGGCAGUUGUGAUCACUGGAGGAGUCCUUGCUUUUUCAGGAAUGGCACUGGGAUUUCUUGGACUCAACAUGGUUUGGAUGUAUGCAACAACCGGCUUCCUGCAGGGACUUGGUAUCUCGUUUUCAUGGAUACCAGCCAUUAGCAUUGUUAGCCAUUACUUCUCCAGGAAAAGGGCUUUGGCCAACGCUAUUGCCAGUGCUGGGGAAUGUGCCUUCGCCUUCACCUUUGGGCCAUUUUUCCAGUGGUUGAUCGGUCAAUAUGGAUGGAAAGGUGCCCUCUUGAUCAUAGGUGGCCUCCAACUCAACAUCUGUGUCUGUGGGGCACUGAUGCGACCACUGAAAAGCAGCUGCCUCCCUGACACGAGCUGUCCUGACGCAGAGACACCGCCUGGCACGUGGGCAUCUGGGAGAAACAACGUCAAGUCUCUCGUCACACACAAGAUCUUCAACUGGAUGCUUCUGAGGAGGCUGGAGUUUGUCCUUUAUGCCCUUUUUGGCAUCUUAGCUGCUAUGAGUUUUUUUAUUCCUCCACUGUUUUUAGUUCCGCUUAGCUACAGCCUGGGAAUCGAUGAGUCUUGGACUGCUUCCCUCCUCUCCGUUUUGGCCUUGGUGGAUUUUGCAGGCAGGCUGCUGUGUGGCUGGUAUGCCAAUCUGCACCUAACCAGAACCGUUCACCUGCUGGCGAUGACCAUUGCCCUCAUCAGCACCUCCUUGAUGCUGCUGCCGCUGGCAAACAACUACCUGUCCCUGGCAAUAUUCACUGGCUUCUACGGCUUCUUCUUCGGCACCACAGUGGCCAUCCACAUCACGGUGCUGGCAGACGUCGUGGGCAUGUCAGAUUUCGACAGCGCACUAGGGCUCUUCAUGCUCAUUCGAAGCACUGGAGGGUUCCUGGGGCCUCCCCUUGCUGGUCUGAUUGUGGACAUGGCUGGAGAUUACAGAGCAGGCUUCUACAUGGCAGGAGCCAUUCUUAUCCUAUCUGCUGUAUUCUUAGUUAUUUUAGAUCAAUUGCAACAGAGACAAGAAAAAGAAAACCAGACUAACACUAAAUCAGAAAAAUCCAUGUUGCCCUACCCUUUGCUACAGAACAGGAGAUACCAAGAGCAUGAUGUAGUGGAGUGA